CUGUGGGAGGGUCCUCGUUUUAUUUUGUUUUGGCGUGGAGACAACUGUUGUGAAGAGGAUUUUCUUCCCUUUCAAGUGUUUUAAAAGAUGUCAUCGCCUCUUUCAAAGCCUCAGAUUAUCGCACACAUCCAGAAGAGCCUGAACUACACGGUGUUUGACAGCAAAUGGAUUCCGUGCAGCGCCAAGUUCGUCUGCCUGGGAAACUUCGCCAGAGGAACAGGCGUGAUCCAAAUUUAUGAAGUGCAACACGGAGAGUUGCAGCUCGUAAAGGAGCUGGAGAAACUUAAACCCAUAAAGUGUGGGACGUUUGGGGCCACCUCUCUUCAACAAAGACACUUAGCAACAGGAGAUUUUGAUGGAAAUCUUCACAUAUGGAAUCUUGAAGCUCCAGAUGUGCCAGUCUACGCUGCAAAGGCUCACAAAGAAAUAGUGAAUAGCAUCGAUGGGGUUGGUGGCCUUGGGAUUGGUGACGGUGCUCCUGAGAUAGUCACAGGGAGCAGAGAUGGGACUGUAAAGGUUUGGGAUCCCAGGCAGAAGGAUUUACCUGUGGCCAACAUGGAGCCUGUGGAAGGAGAGACCAGAAGGGACUGCUGGACUGUAGCGUUUGGUCACGCCUUCAAUGAUCAAGACCGCUGUGUGUGUGCUGGCUACGACAAUGGAGACAUCAAGCUGUUUGACCUGCGGAACAUGUCUCUACGAUGGGGGACCAACAUAAAAAACGGGGUAUGCUGUGUGGAGUUUGACAGGAAGGACAUUAACAUGAACAAGCUGGUGGCCACGUCUCUGGAGGGAAAAUUUCACGUUUUUGACAUGAGGACGCAGCACUCCACCAAGGGCUUCGCCUCAGUUUCCGAAAAGGCUCACAAAUCAACCGUCUGGCAGGUGAGACAUUUGCCACAGAACAGAGACGUCUUUAUGACUGCAGGGGGAGCAGGCAACCUUCAUCUCUGGAAGUAUGAGUAUCCGGCACAGAGGAGCAAGAAGGACUCUGAUGGAGUGGAGGUGGGCGUCGCUGGCACCGUCAACCUCUUACAGAACGUAACUCUGUCCACUCAGCCGAUCGCCAGCUUGGACUGGAGCCCCGACAAGCAGGGACUCUGCGUGUGUUCUGGCUUCGACCAGUCUGUCCGCGUGCUCAUCGUCACAAAACUCAACUCUGUGUGACAAACAGGGACCAAAGGGGGGUGGGGGACAAAUGGGAGCAUCUGAAACUCUUUUUUUUAAAAGCCACAAACUGUUUCCAUCUGCAACCAUUGGCAGUUGGAUGAGUUCACCUCAAGUGAAAUGGGGAACAUUUUUUAUUUUUUUUUGUUGAAGGACAAGUCUAGGAAUGUGUGUGUAAAAUAUGAUCCUACAGAACACAGUUAUACAAGUUAGUAUAAGCAAUAUUAUUCACCUGCAUGUCAGGGAUGUCAAGGUUUAUAAUCUAGAUUAAUUUAUGUUUGAGGCUCACUAAUAAACCUCUGUUGGCUGGA